UAUCACGAUCCAUUAAUUUUGAUUGAAAUUCCUGUGUUGAAAAUAAUUCAAGUGUCGGACUUUCAUAGAACAUAUUGUUGGUAGCGCCUCUCAUCUGGAGGAAAUUGACAUAUUUAUAACAAUAUUCGUUGUAGGUUGAAAUUAAGUUUAACUUAAAAGCACCACAUUGUAACACAUUGUGUGCAAUAAUUAUUCACUUAUUCGUGAAUUACUUGAAUAUUGUAUACCAAUUGCGAAUAGUUUUCAUAGUUCACUCAAUGUAAUGUAAAAAACUAAGUCUAAUAAAUAUAUCACACUUGUGCCUUGGAAUAAACUUAGAGUCAUCCUCCCGCGUUAAGUUUUUUAGUGAACUGUUUUUAUGUAUGAAAAAAAGUACAGAAAAUGCAGCAGUACCACCGAAUGCCAAAACUCUCCGAGCUGGAUAAUUACGACCAAUGCUUGCAGGAAAUGCCAACCGACCGGAUAGCCACCUAUUGUAUGGUUCGUUUGGUCAUCAAACCCGACAACCGCUCCGAUGUCUGGCGAAUAAUUGAGGACUUUUCGAGCGAUCGAAAACGGCACUACGAUCAUCGACAUCUCGCCCGGGGAGUUUGCGUAGAUCAUUGUAAGCAAUUAGUGAAAGGAUUUUCUAACAGCACCAAAGAAGCCUUGCGUGUAAAAAAGUUUGACAUUGAUUUUGCAUACACAUUUGAUACGGCAGUUUUCAAGGAUACGCAGCUUAAUAGGGAACGUUACGGAGAUCUUCUUGAUGUUUGCUUGAAUUACAAACUAAACCAGACACAUCAACUGAAAGCGUACACUGAAAUAGAAGUUUGCAGUAACAACAACGAAAUAACCGAAUAUGAUUGGUUGGACAUACUGUUUCUGGUUGUUUUACUAUCUGCUAUCAGUCUUACGGUAUUCUCCAGUUGGUAUGACGCAAGUACCAAUACAAAGCAAAAUGAUGCGCAUUACAAAACGAACCUAGAUUCUAGAAAGAAAAUGAUUGGCGUGUCCUUCUCCAUCCUUCGAAAUUGGUAUCGAUUGACGUCCCGCUCACAGGAUACGCUGAGCAAACAGCUGAGAUUUUUUCAACCGAUUCGUUUUAUCACCAUGAAUCUCGUUAUCUUGGGUCACGCAGCACUUUUGUAUAACGUUUUCUCCACCCAAAAUACCGCCGAAGCGGAGAUGGCGUACCAUAACAUUUUCACCAUGCUUUCCACUGGUGGCGUACAGUUUACCCAGACCUUUUUUGUUAUGAGCGGAUUUUUGCUGGCGGUACACAUUAUGUUACAUGCAGGUCAACGCAAGGAGAAACUGGGUUUUCUGUACUUUCUGAGAGCCAUUUUCUUACGGUACAUUCGACUAACACCGGUCUAUGCCUUUAUAAUAUUGCUGCAUUCCACAUGGCUGGCAAAAUUUAACGAUGGACCACUUUGGAAGCACGGAACAGACACUGAGCGGAGUUUCUGCCGAAGCAACUGGUGGACGAAUUUACUAUACGUAAACAAUUAUGUUAAUGCCAAUCAACCCUGCGUUCAGCAAGGCUGGUACCUCGGAUGUGAUUUUCAACUUUUUGCUGUUGGUGUUCUUUUAAUGAUUAUAAUCAACAGAUUUCGUAAAUUUACCGUUUCCAUCCUUGUAACAGCAGUCAUGGGAUCCUAUGUGAUACCAGCGUUAUUUGUCUACUAUCAAAAGCUGGAAGGAGUGUUUCUAGUAACGCUUGAAGCCCAGCGAUUCGUUUUUUGGUUCGAUGAUUUGUACCUAAAGGCGUACAUCCCCUUUCACGUCAACAUUGGUAAUUACUUAGCUGGGAUAAUAGCAGGUUUAUUAUUUUUGUAUUUACAAGAGAAAAACAUAAACGUCGCCAAGAAGAUGUGGUUCUGUAUUCUAUGGUAUCUGACAUAUCCAGUUGCAUUAUUCAGUCUAAUGAUACACUACAUGUUCUACGUAUACGAUUUCGAAAAACCCUCGAUCUGGAUGGCUAUCUAUUUUCCGCUGAUGAAACAUUCGUGGGGAUUGUUCGUUGGCAUUGUUUUUCUCGGUUUCAUGCACGGAAUCGCGCCUCCACUGAGUCGAAUUUUGGACCACAGGAUAUUUGAACCGCUGGGAAGAAUUAGCUACGCUGCUUACCUGUGCCACGUUUUUGUGAUGCGGGUAGUUUUUCUUCCCAAUCGAUCUCCGUAUUAUUUCAGUCCCAUGGCACUGCUCACUUCUACGGGUGCAUCAGUUGUGCUUUCAUAUCUGAUGGCGAUAUGUUUAUGUUUACUGUUGGAGUUACCUUUUUCCGCCUUCCAGAAACAGCUCGUGGGACCAUUGCAGAGCAAACCACCCAGUCAAGAUGACUUGGCCAAUAUCACUACAAAUGUUCACAACAAUUCAGCAACAUAGUAUAAUAAGUAAAAUUUAUGGGAAAAAGUUGCAUGAACUGGUUUUUACUGUACCACGUUUUUUUUGGAUAAAUUCAUGCUGGACUGAUAUUCGCAGCUACGUAGCAAUUGUUUCAAGUUUUCUUAGCACUUUGAGACCCUUGGACAACUGCUAUGUAAUGUAUUUCCAUUUUUUUUAUUAUUCUAGAACCCAAAAACGGAUGAGUUUUUGGAUCAAUCACGUUACUUUUGCUUUUCUCUUCACAUCUAUUAACGUUUCUAACGCUUUAGAUAAGCAUCAGAAUAGGAUCAUAUAGUUAAGAAAAAGCAUAGGAGAAGUUAAUAAAAUUUAGUGCAAUAAAUCUCGAACAUCAAGUUGACAAAAAAAACAAUUCUCAACACAAAUUAUCAACACCAGUGGAUGUUAAAAAUAACAACCUAUCUUUUAUGAAAAACAAAAUCAUUUGAGAAGUUUAUUAGGAUAUUAUGACAAAAAAAAUUUGAAGCAGCUUGCAGCAAUCAUACAAGAUUGUUAAACUUUAAAAGCCGUUUACUCGGAAUAAUGUUUUGGCACUUGGUUCGGUUUGGCUGCACACCGACCAUUAGUGUUUGUGUUUUUCUAUUGGGCCUGUUACUCGUACUAAUCACUAUAUCUCUACCACGAGUUUAUGCCGGGCCGCUUUUUUUGUUGUUCGAACUUUUUGAAAUUCACCUCGUCGUGUAUUUUACAAAAGGAACAGAAAGUUCAAGCUUGGACCAUACAAAACUCUUUUGUAAAAUCUCGCACCUAGGUGCCUUUCCACUAGUUCGUUGUAUAGCUGAGUUCAUUUCUACGUGGAAGAGUUCUACGCGUUCAAGUAUAACUUGGUUCAAGUAUUUCAUCGCAAUUCACUAACAAGUCAGGAGUUCCCCAAAGAAGCAACUUGGGAUCCUUACUAUUUGCGCUGUUUUUUAAUGACGCCACACUUCGGCUGGGUGAUGGUUGCAAACUGGCGUAUGCAGACGACUUGAAUUUGUUUUUCGAACUAUCGGAGACUGUCGUCGUCUACGUUUUGCCUUUCUCUUAGAAAUUGCCUUUCUCCUAGAAAGGUAUAGCAAUCGCUGAAAAAACUAAAGGUAUUAAAGUGCUCCAGAGGGCCGAAUGUCGUAUAUCAUUCGACUUAGUUCGACGAGCUGAGCAUUUUCUGUAUGUAUGUGUGUAUGUGUGUGUGUAUGUGCAACUUUUUUCCCUCACUCACUUUUCUCAGAGACGGCUCGACGAUUUCCGUGAAAUUAAUUGCAAAUGAAAGGUGUAGUUACCCCAUAGGUUGCUAUUGAAUUUCAUUGUAAUCGGAUUUUUGGUUUAGAGGUUAUGUAUCAAAAUGUAAAAAUCACGAAAUAUCAAUAUCUCAGAAACUACACAAUCGAUUUUAACAAAACUGAUGUCAAAUGAGCGGGCUAUCUUCAGAAUUCUUAACUUAUAAAUUUUAUAAAGAUUAAACAUAUGGUUCAGAAGUUAUGUAAAGAAAUGUUUUCCAGAGGCUGUUUAAACUCACUCACUUUUCUCAGAGAUGGCUGAACCGAUUUUCACAAAAUUAGUCUCGAAUGAAAGGCCUAGUUGUCCCAUAGGUUGCUAUUGAAUUUCAUUGUAAUCGGUUUGUAACUUUGUCCGUUAUUUAUAAAAAUGUCAAAUCACGUUAUAAAAGCAAAGUAUAUACCAAAGACUGCUUAAAGUCACUUAAUUUUCUCAAAAAUGGUUAGACCGGUUUUCACGAAAUUAGUUGAAAAUGAAAGGUCUAGUGGCCUCAUAACACCCUAUUGAACUUCAUUGUAAUCGGAUUUUUAGUUUAGGCACCGUGUAUCAAAAUGUGGAAAUCACGAAAUUUCAUCAUCUCAGAAACUAACAACCAAUUUAAACAAAACUGGUGCCAAAUGAACGGCCUGUCUUGAAAAUCCUUAACUAAUGAUUAAACAUGUGGUUCAAAAUUAU